AUGGAAAGAACACUUGUUAUUCACGAUUUUGGUAAACCACAGGAAAAUCAGCUUCUCUACACAGCAAAAAAAGCACAAAUCGAGAACGUUUUCAUACAUCCAAUAGACAAAACACUUCUUGCAAUUGACGAGGUUUAUCAUAAACCGGAAAUAUUUAUCGCGAAUGAAACUGUGCAAGACGACUUCCAAUACCUGGUGAAUCUUCGCCCUAACGACCAUCCAAUUAUUGCCGGCAUUACUGGAGAUUUCCGCACUUGGCUUGUUACGUAUGCAUCUGAUCAACAUCCCUAUGAAUUCUUCUUGUAUCGUCGUUGGCAAAAGAAGGCUGAAUAUUUGUUCAGCACCCGACCGGAACUACAAGGCAAAAAGCUGAAUCGAAUGGUCGGCUUCGAUUUCCUGGCUCGCGAUAACAUGAAGAUCCAGGCCUACCUAAGCCUUCCACCAGAUGUUCCUCUUCGUAAAGCUUCAGAAGUAAAUGCAAAUGAUGCUGUUUACGCGAAUCUUGGGUUAUUACCGGUGAAACCACAGAAAAUGAUUGUCCGUGUGCAUGGAGGACCACGAGCACGCGAUAUUUUUGGAUUUUCAGCAACCAAUGCAUGGCUAACAAAUCGUGGUUACGCUGUCCUUCAAGUAAACUUCCGAGGAAGUACUGGUUUUGGUAAAAAAUAUACGAAUGCUGGUAAUGGUGAAUGGGGUCGUAGGAUGCAUUUCGACUUGAUUGAUGCUGUUGAAUUUGCUGUUGCGAAAGGCAUUGCAAACCGUUCCGAAGUUGCUAUUAUGGGAGCAUCAUACGGAGGUUAUGCAGUAUUGGUUGGCAUGACUUUCACACCGUCUGUCUUUGCAUGCGGAGCAGAUAGUGUUGGGCCAAGCAAUCUUGUAACUUUACUAGAAACUAUUCCUCCAUAUUGGCAAGGAUUUUAUAGGGACAUGACCAUCACGCUUGGUGCUGACAUAAACAACAUAUCAGGGAUCAUGUCACUGAAGAGUCGAUCUCCAUUGUUCUUUGCUAACCAAGUUCGUAAACCGCUGAUUAUUUUUCAAGGUGCUAAUGACCCACGAGUAAAACAGUCUGAGUCUGAUCGAUUUGUUGAUGAGUUGAAAAAGCACAGAAUUCCGGUAACGUAUGUUCUUUAUCCAGAUGAAGGUCAUGUAUUUUUAAAACAGGAGAAUUCAUUGUCAGAAGCUGGCUUUAUUGAAGAAUUCUUUCAUAAGUGCUUAAAGGGCGAUUACGAACCGUUUUCUAGAGGGCAAUAUGAUUCUAGUGCAAUUGUGGUCGCUGAUAUGGACAAGCCAACAGAGGGUCGACGACGUUUCGCUUUUAGACGAGGUAUGGUCCGACUACCAUAA